AUGCACAACCACAAACAUUGAUUCCAAAAUUCAAGUGGAGCCAGUUCUCUCAGCCUGGAGUUAAUGGCUAGGCCAUUAUAGACUCAGCUCCAUGCCUUUAGCUUGAUCGCCACCCAUAUUAUAGUAUAGUAUCUCUUAUUACCAUAAUGCGGCCUGCGCUUACACAGAAGCUUAAAUAUUGUACAUAUGUACUGAUUUGCAGAUGAGGAUAUUGAAAUUGAAUUGGUUGAAGAGGAACCGCCAUUUCUCAAUGGUCAAACGAAAUUAAGUGUUGAUAUGAGUCCUGUUAAAAUUGUUAAGGUAAGCAGCUUUUCCAUUUGUUGAGUCCACUGCGAUUUUCGAUUGAGUUUAAAACUCUCAUGCGUAGGUUUAAUUUGAUACUUGCGCAUGGAACUAUUUCACUACAUAAAACAUUGAAUAAAUAUACUACUACUAAGUCACUUUUGGAAUAAACAAUCUACUAUAUAGUAGUUGAAUUAACGUCACUAAUGCUUAGAACACUUGUAAUUAAGCUCUUGACAACAUAGAAACAUCGCCUUGAGUCCGCCUUGACAAUAUGCCUCGGAGAGUUUCGAAACAUUUUAUUCAUUUUAGACAAGCAGUAAGACCAAAAAAUUCUGCGUUUCAGUCUGUCUCAAGGAUAUCGCAAUGCACUAAUGAUUAUACAACUAUUAUUUUGACAGAAUCCAGAUGGUUCUCUCCAGAGAGCAGCUAUGACUCAAACAGCGCUGGCAAAGGAACGACGUGAAUUAAAACAAGCUCAAAGGGAAGAACAAGCAAACUCGGUACCGAAAGAUCUUGGAAAAUUAUGGGUUGAUCCCGUUCCUUCGGGUAAGAUUAGGAACGUUAUACUGUAGUGAGCUUUUAUGUCAGUUAUAAUUUUGUUGGGUGCAGAGAUGGAUCCAGCCAGAUCUAAUAGUGAAGGGUGGUCAUCGAAACUUUGUCAUGGUUUAGACUGGGACCUACGGGUAGCAGUAUAUAUUAGCGAACCUAAGCAAGGCUUAAUCUAGUACGGGCACGUGACGAGUAACACCCUUAAAUUUUACACUUUUAAAAUUGCCAAUCGAUUAUUCUUAACAAUAAUUGAAUCAACGGAUAACUUUCUUUCCCGAAUGAAAAAAUUACGAGGAAAUGGUAUUGUCAUCAAAUAACAAACGCGACUUGUGUUGAUUUCUCUGCUACUAUAUAUAUUAGCACUUCCAUUGGAUGUUAGAUAUAACACUUUAAAACAUACCCCUUUCUUGGAAGUGACAUUAAUGACUCAAGAUCUAUAGACUUGAAAGCGGCACGAACAACUCUAGAUUUUUACAAUACGGCUAAUGAUAUUAAUCGAUUGUUGAUAAUGAUCAGUCGAUUACGAAAAUGAACCGAUGGGAGCAGCUCUAUUAUCUGCGAACCUAUAGAUUAUACUUUCUUUUAGCUUCAGGCGAGGAGGAUCGACCACAGUUUGCUCAAGAAGCCAAAGGAAUUGGACUGUCUGCAAAAGAUGAUAUGCCUGAAUGGCGUAAAGCUUCAUUUGGAGGCAAGAAAGUAUCUUAUGGCAAGAAAACAAAUCUGUCCAUUUUAGAGCAAAGACAAAGUUUGCCUAUUUAUAAACUUAGAAAUGAAUUGGUUAAGGUAAGAACCACACAACUUUUAUUUUUUUUUAGAUCUGAAUUGAUUUGUGUAUUUCCUCGGUGGAUUGUUACAUGCAGUAGCUUUUGGUUGAAAGUUUAUAUAGUUAUAGUUUGUUUGUGACAUAUUAGAAUGAUAUACUGUAGCUAUAGUCCGUUAGUAAUUUGGUGAACUAUGAUGGUACGUCAGUUAAUUGCUCAGUUAUAGUUUGUUAACUAGUUAGUUAGUCAGUUUGUUUGUUUGGCUGUUUAUCUGUUGGUCAGAUAUACGUCCAAUAGGAACAGCUACCUGGAUUAUACAACUAACAGGGUUCGUACAAAACUUAAUGAAAGUCCUUCAAUGUCCUUGAAUUUGAAAACAAAAAUGCAAGGCCUUGAAUGUCCUGGAAUUUGUAAAGAAAUGCUUGAAAAUCCUUGAAUUCUUCUUGCUUUAGUUUAUGGCUAUUUUCUGAAAUUAUUUAACAUUCCAAAACGGACAUUUUGUUGAAUUGAUUUUGCAUGAUCAUAUCUGGCAAAGCUGUUUGAAAUUCACUAAAGUUGCGUUUUGAAUAAUUCUACGUGACAUUGUACUGAUUUCUUACGCCUUUUCAGUAUUUAGUCUUGAAUUUGCUGAUGCAUGGUCUUGAAUGUCCUGGAAAAAUCCUUGACUCUCACUGAUAUGUACGAACCCUGAACUAAUUGAAUUAAGGUUGUCGCAUAAAAGUUAGAACUAAGAGAUUGCAAAUUAAACACCAAUCUCGCGAUUUGCAUAAUUAUGUAAUCGAGUAUAUAUGAAUGUCCUCGAGUAGAUAUUAAUGUAACAGUCAAAUACAGGCAUAAAGAAAAAGACGUAUGCACGUCUAUUCUGUACUUAGAGGUUGUGUCGUCGUGAGUUCUAAAGCUUGGGGUAUUUUUUCUGAAUUUCAACUGAAUAGGUGUACUGUAUAUUUUCUUGGUUUAGGCUGUGCACGAGAACCAACUUCUCAUAGUUAUUGGCGAGACAGGCAGUGGUAAAACUACUCAAAUAACUCAGUAUGUCGCUGAAGCUGGCUUGGCAUCGGUUGGCAAGAUUGGAUGUACCCAACCACGUCGUGUUGCAGCCAUGUCCGUCGCAAAGAGAGUCUCAGAAGAAUUCGGUUGCCGUUUAGGUCAAGAAGUUGGUUAUACCAUUCGUUUUGAAGACUGCACUAGCCCUGAAACUAAGAUCAAAUACAUGACAGAGGGUAUGUUACUACGAGAGUGUUUAAUUGAUUCAAACCUAACACAGUAUUCAAUGAUCAUGCUGGAUGAAGCGCACGAGAGAACUAUUCAUACAGAUGUUUUAUUUGGUUUAAUGAAGAAAGCUGUUAAGAAAAGACCUGAUUUAAAGUUGAUCGUCACUUCAGCGACACUUGAUGCUGUCAAAUUCUCCACGUAUUUCUUUGAGGCUCCGAUAUUCACAAUCCCAGGACGCACGUUCCCAGUGGAAAUAUUGUAUACAAAGGAGGCAGAGAGUGAUUAUCUUGAUGCGGCACUCGUGACUGUCAUGCAGAUUCAUCUAACCGAGCCACCUGGUGAUGUCCUCGUCUUUUUGACAGGUAAGUGUUGCAAAGAGCGGGGGGAAAGCCAAAAAAGUGACGGGAGAUUUUGUAGAACCAUGUGACAUCAUAUACUUCUAAAAUAGCAUAACAGCAGUUCACUUUUUAAAUUUUGGUGCCCUCUCAAAAACUGCUUGGUUCGGUCAAAUUGAAACACUCUUCUCACAGAAAACUGUAUGUCAAGUCAGGUAAAUCUAUUCUUGUGCAGUUAGACUUUUCGUCAUAAAAUCCUGGAUGUUAGGUGCCAGUGUACAGUAAGUAGCGAAGAAUUCAAUUUGAGGGCUUGCAUAAUGCAACUACUGUACCUGAAAAAUAUGAACACAUUUCAAUGUUCCGACUGUGGCGAGUGCCAGAGGGUACACAACGCCCCCUCCCCUGUGGCCCUAAUAAUUUCUGAAAGCCUUUGAGUGAUAGAUGAAUAACUGUGUAACAAUAUUGUAACUAUAGUUUUUCAACCAUGAAAGCAUUAGGGGCCGAUUACAUGGACAACUUUCAACCCCGUCCCCGGGGUUGAACUCAGCCCUGUUAACCGGGUUGAAAUUUUUUGCGAUUACAUGGACGAUUUCAACCCCGGGGUUGAAACGCUAUACUAUACGUUCUCGGCAUCGAUUCUCGGAAGUAAAAAAGCCUUUAUUUUGUUUUCUUGUAAUAAAUAGUCACUACCACGUAUGCUCGAAUAACUCGUGAUAAUUUCAGUCCUGGGUUGAAACGAUUACAUGACAAAAUUUUCAACCCAGGGCUGAGUUCAACCCUGGGGUUGAAAUUUCAACCGUAAUCGCGCGUUUGAUUUUGAUAGAGUUUUGUAUUACAGACAGGGCUGAAAUUUCAACCCGGUAAACAGGGCUGAGUUCAACCCCGGGGUUGAAAAUGCUCCAUGUAAUCGGCCCCUUAGUAGGCUAUAAAUUAAGCUACAGAUUGCAUGCAUGAUAUUUGAGGCAAACUGUUUAAAGAACUAAGAUUUCCAGCUAGACAAGGUGGUCAUACUUAGGAACCUAAAGGCCCUUUGAAGGCAGGAUAGGACUAAGCUAGAAACGUUCUUUCUUAAUCCAUAUAGUACCGCCGAAAAUGAAAUUAUCGAUGGCAAUUUUUUGCCGUUUGUUAUCAAACACUUACAUUAUUUACCAUAUAUGCUGCAGUAGAAUCUAUCAGAGACGUUAACAAGAAGUGAAUAUAAGGUCAAAUAAUACAUAACCAUUUCAGGUUUCAAAUAAUCGUCUUGAAAGUUCAUUCAUCGAAGGUUUCAAAUAAUCCACUUGUUAACAAGAUUUCCGUCAGAGAAUUGCCCAACUCUUUCUAACGAUAAUUUAAUAAAAUUGCGGUAACUGUGAUUUUCAGAUAGUUACAUCAUACACACAAGCCCGCAAAUUGUAUUAAAGACUUUCCGUGAGACCACCCAAAGAGUCGUGAAUAUUUUGAUAUCUAGUGUGCAUAUAUACUGAGAAAAAUAAAUACGUGUUUGCAGGUCAAGAAGAAAUCGAUACAUCAUGUGAAAUCCUCUAUGAACGUAUGAAAUCUCUGGGUCCUGAAGUGCCUGAGCUUAUCAUCUUGCCUGUAUACAGUGCAUUGCCCAGUGAAAUGCAGACCAGAAUCUUUGAACCUGCCCCACCAGGAAGUAGAAAGGUUAGUAGAGUAGAACAUGUUCAGAUAUUUUGCAACUUUUAAGCAACGGACAAAUUUGGCUAAGGUACCAGUUGAGGUUUAUAUACCUCAAUUGGUACCCAGGGGCGGUAGCAGCAGCAGCAGCAGCAGCAGCAGCAGCAGCAGCAGGGCUGGUAUAGCAUCGCAUUUGCCGACAAUUGUUGGCGGAGAAGGGGGGGGGGGACGAGGUUAAAAAAUUUCCGUACAUACCAUUUUUCACUAGCUUUCGACUAUUAUAAUGUACCGUAAUUUGUUAAAUUUUUCGGUAAUAUUUUGCUAUAACUAUUACUUUUUAAUCCGAGCCACUCAAAUAUUUUCGCUGACUACGAGAACAAUUUGCCGAUAAAUUCGUUAUUUUGCCGACAACUUGUUUUCAAGGGGUGUCACCGCCCCGUAUAGCGACGGAUGUUCAGAUUUUGCUCUGGGGGUGCCGAACAUUCAAGGGGGAGUUUAGCGAGGAGACGCCGAGCAAGCUGUAGCAGGGGUCUGGGGUACAGUCACACACUAAUGGGGGCAAGGUUGAGACAGUUAAAACCUAGUGUCUCAAUCACGAAAACGAAGCUACAUAGACAGCCUUUCGAUAUACGUAUACCAUAACAUAAUUAUAGGAAGUCAAUCAUUUAACUUGUUAUAACAUAUUGUGUAUCUUUCAAUGUUCGUGUUAUUUCAGGUUGUCAUUGCUACAAAUAUCGCGGAAACAUCGUUGACUAUUGAUGGUAUCUAUUACGUUGUUGAUCCUGGCUUUGUGAAACAAAAAGUGUAUAAUUCUAAGAGUGGUAUGGAUGCCUUGGUUGUCACACCAAUUUCACAGGUAAGAGAACUCUUUUCCAUUGAUCGCAACAAUCAUCUCGCAAGCUCGUUGCGAGUGCUUGCAUCUAAUUGUAAAAUAAACUGUUGAACAUUGUGAUUGGAUGAAAAUACUCGCAGCGAGCUUGCACGUCGCCUCUUGCGAUGAUUGGGUAGAUUACUCUCCCCACACAAUGUUAAAUGUUAGCCCCAAAUCGAGUAAUUGCGUCCAAAGCACAAGGCCUAUUCGAAAAAAUAUUAAGUCACCAAGUUAUUUGUGAAAUAUAAGGAAUCGUUUUGGAAAAUAACGCAAUAGACUAAAUUUAGUUAAAUGUGAAAUUUAAUUAUACUGCAGAGAGCUCUGUCAGUUCUAUCUGUUAUCCCAAUUUAUAGAUCCAGUAAUGUAUAAAAUUCACGCUCGUCCAAUAUAAUUGUAAUUUUUAGUGUAACGCUAAAAAAUUGUUUUUCUUGUAUUCUCAGGCUCAGGCCAAGCAAAGAUCAGGUCGAGCAGGUCGAACAGGACCAGGAAAAUGCUACAGGUACUGUACUGUAUUAACGAAUUGUGAUGUGAGCGAUUAUCAAGCAAAUGUU